CAUACAGAGAUUUCCGGUGGAAAGAAAAGGUUGUUUUAUAUUUUGCUUAUAAGGAUACCUAGAGAGAACAGCUUCGAAGAUGCCACCUUCUUUGGACUGGGGGAAGCUUGUGAGAGUGGAUCCAGAUGAACUUCCCAGCCAAGAACGAUUAGCAGAGAAAAUGUUAAAAUCAUUAUCACAGGUCAGCAGUACAGAUUUAAAAGAUGAAGCUUCAGAAAACCUCGUACAACUUUUCCGGAUUACACAGUCAUUGAUGAAGAUGAAAGCUCAAGAAGUAGAGCUUGCUUUAGAGGAGGCAGAAAAAGCAGGAGAAGAGCAAGCCAAAAUUGAGAGCCAGUUAAGAAAUAAAAUCAGGCAAUUGGAGAAUGAAAUUGAGAAAUCACAGCUGGCCACUGGAACCAGAGAUUCACGUUUCCUCCGUGAAGAAAUACGUCAGUUAGAGGAACAGCUUGGGCAAAGAGAGCGAGAACUUAAGGAGAUGAGAAAAGAACUGGAGAAAGAGAAGCAAGUUAAUGAGCAGCUUGCACUUCGGAAUGAAGAAACUGAUAAUGAAAACAGCAAGCUCAGGAGAGAGAAUGAACAACUACGACAAGAUGUCAUAGACUAUCAGAGGCAGAUUGAUUCCCAAAGGGAGUCUCUCCUAAACCGUGGGGAAGGACAUGAUUACAAAUAUGUGAUUUCUAAAAAGAAUAUGGAGUUAGUCCAGUAUCUGGAUGAAAUUCAGAACCUGAGCGAAGCAAAUGAGAAGCUGGAGGUCCAGAACCAGGAAAUGACCAAAGUACUUGAACAAUCUGUCAAGGAAAUGGAGAGUAUGACUGAUGAGUAUAACAAAAUGAAACUUAUCGUGCAGCACUCAGAUAGCACAAUGGACCAGCUGAGAAAGGAAAAAGACAUCUAUGUGCUUAAGGUUCAGGAUUUAACAGAGCAACUAAAAGCAAGGCAGGAAGAAGAUGAUCCGAUCAUGGUGGUUGUAAAUGCCAAAGUAGAAGAAUGGAAGGCGCUACUGGCAUCUAAAGAUGAAGAGAUCGAAGAAUAUCAAAAAAUGAUCCAAAAUCUCAGAGAGAAGCUUAAAAUUGCUCAAAUGGACAUAGACAAGAGCAAUGUGCUAGCUCUCCAGCAGGGUUUGCAGGAACGCGACAAUCGGAUUAAACUAUUGACUGAACAAUUGGAGCAGCAUACCAAAGAAAUGGAAUCCCAUAUUCUUGUAUUUGAGACUCUAAAACAGAAUUUACAAGAAGGGACCACUGGGCACACGGAGCAGGGUCGAAUUAAAGAACUUCAAUUAGUGGUACAGAAUCUUCAGCAAAAAUUGAAAGAAACAGAAUUAUUUGCUGAACGUGCUGAAAACGAUGCACGGGAAAAAGAUAAAGAUCUAAUAGAGGCCCUUAGAAGAAUGAAGGAGUAUGAAUUGGGAACAUAUGGCCUAGAGGAAGCUGUUGCAGAAAUUAAGCAACUGAAAGCUAAUAUUAAAAUAAGAGAUCGUGAAAUUGAAGCUUUAACAAAGGAUAUUAAUAAGCUCGAGCUGAAGAUUAAUGAUGUCCUUGAUGAGUAUGAAGAUCUUCAAGAACGUCUAGGUCUUGAGCCAAAAACUGUAAUUGACUUAACAGAAUUCAAAAGUACAAAAGCACUAAAACAGCAGCAGUACAGAGCUGAGAAUCAAAUUCUUUUGAAAGAGAUUGAAAGACUCGAGGAAGAACGUCUCCAACUAAAACAACAGAUCCGCAAACUAGCUCAAGAGAAAGGAAAAAGAGCAGCUGCUUUGGGUUUGACAGCUGAAGACUUAGACUUGACUGAUGAUUCUCAUCCAAGUAUAAAUUAUAGAACACAAAACACACACAUCACUUCACUAGACAAAACCGAAGAUCUAAAAACAAAGUAUGAGAAUCUCGCAAAACAACUAAAUGACAAGGAAAAUGAACUAGAAAGAAGUAAAACUGUUGUGGCAGAUUUCAAAUCUAAAUUAAAAGAAGUGUCUGAAGAAAACAAUCAGCUGCAACAAGGAAUGAGAGAAAUAUUACAGGCUAUCAAAGACUCUCAAAAUAACCCUACCAUCAGAGGGGGAGAAGCGACUUUAAUGAUUCCAAGCCUAGAGCGCUUAGUACACGCCAUAGAAACAAAGCAUGCGGGAGGUAUGUUGGACAUAAGUGCUCACUUGAAAGCUCAAGUCGAUCAGCUCACUGGAAGAAAUGAUGAAUUAAGACAAGAGCUUAAGGUGUCACGCAAGGAAGCUACAGAUCUUUCAAACCAGUUGUUAAAAGCAAAUGAAAAGGUUUUACAUCUUGAAAAUGAAUGUAAACUUCUGCAUCAGUCGACUGGGGCCAAUAUUAUAUUUAAAGCUGUAAACCUACCAGAUGGAUUGUCUUCCACUAGCAGCAACCUCAUCAACACUCUCAACGAAUACCUCUUGCAUCUCCUACAGGAAAUGGAAUCUAAAGAGAAAACAGUACUAAGACUGGAAGAUUCAUUGGAAGAAUAUAAAAGAAAAUUUGCUGUGAUUCGCCAUCAGCAAGGGAUGUUGUAUAAGGAGUAUGAGAGUGAAAGGGAGUCGUGGCAGCGUGAAGUGGAGAAGUUAAAAGAAGAAAAAACAAAACUAGAAAGUCAGAAGGAGCAGGAUGCGGUCCAAAUUGCUGAGUAUAUGAACUUACUAGACGCUAUGAAGGUGGAUCCAGAUGAAAUGAAAAGUCUUCUUGCAGAGAGCGCCAGAAAAAUGACUGUUCUCAGAGUAAAUGAGAAGUCACUGACCAGAAGAUACACCACCUUACUCGAAAUGGAGCAACAUCUGCGUAAAGAAAACCUUAAACUGAAAGAUGAAGUAUCUGAGAUGGAGGCUGCAGUAGGGGAGAAAAUUGGCUAUUUACAGAGAUAUAAGGAAAUUGCUGCCUUUAAAAUCGCAGCUCUUCAAAAAGCUUUGAAUGAGAGCGUGUCUUCAUCGGAGUUGGAAAUGGCUAAUAAACAAUAUAAUGAGUUAACUGCCAAGUACAGGGACAUGCUUCAGAAGGAUAAUAUGCUUGUCCAGAGAACCAGUGACCUGGAGCACCUACAACAAGAAAAUGCAUCUCUGAAGUCCCAGAUUGGUGUGUAUGCCAAAGAGCUUGAAAUAACAAAAGAAAAGCUUUAUACUCUUGAGCAAGCAUGGGAUAAUAUAAGUACGCUGGGAGGUAAUUCUGCUAUGGAUAAAGCCACAAAAGCAGUCACAAGUAAUGAAAUCAUUUCCAUCUCCAAGAAGAUUACAAUGUUGGAAAUGAAGGAGUUAAACGAAAGGCAAAAAGCUGAACAUUCCCAGAAAAUGUAUGAACAUCUAAGGACCACACUAGCGCAAGUAGAAGAACGGAACUUUGAGCUAGAGGCAAAGUUUGCUGAGCUCACCAAGAUCAACCUUGAGGCGCAGAAAGUAGAACAAGCUUUAAGAGAUGAUCUUGCGAAUAGCGUGAGUAAGGCAGUUUCUGAAGCAGAUCGGAGAAGAAUAAUGGACUUGGAAAAAAGUGAAGCGGAACUUAAGGUUGAAGUCUCCAAAUUACGCAGCCUUACUGAUAUAGCCAAAAUGCAAGUUUCAACAUUAAUGACUCGUCAGCAGUCUAGGGAAAAAGAAGUGGAAUCACUGCGAAAACAAGUUCUGGAUUAUCAGGAUCAAACAGAUGAAAAAGCUCUAAUUGCUAAAUUACACCAACAAAUUGUAGCUCUUCAAAUCAGCGAGGCCACAGCUGUAGGCAAGCUGGAAGCCACGACGACUAAACUGCAAAAAAUGGAGGCCUACAACCUGCGCUUGGAGCAGAAACUCGAUGAUAAAGAACAAGCGCUGUAUUAUGCCCGCCAGGAAGGAAGAAAUCGGGCCAAGCACCUUCGGCAAACUAUCCAGUCUUUAAGGCGGCAGUUUAGCGGCGCCCUCCCAAUAGCUCAGCAAGAAAAGUUUUCCAAAACAAUGUUGCAGCUGCAGAAUGACAAACAGAAGACAAUUCAUGAAAUGAUGCUUGUUCAGCAAGAACGCAGAGAGGCAGAAACCCAAGCUCUGGAGUUAGAACUGAAACUAAAGAGCUUGCAGGAACUUUUUAGUACUCUCAAAGAUGCACGAGGGGCUCAAAAGGUUACAGAGUGGCACAAGAAAAUGGAAGAACUUCGUCUGCAGGACCUGCGACUGGCACGGGAACUUAACCGAAAGAAAGAAGAGAUGAACCAUUUAAACAACAUUAUCUCUGAACAAGAACGCACAAUAAGAACCUUGGAAGAGGAAGUCGUUCAGCAAGGCAAAUUUCAUGAAGAAAGACAGAUGGCCUGGGAUCAGAGAGAAGUAGAACUGGAACAGCAGCUGGCUGUAUAUGAGCAUCAGCAGAACGAAGUUCUCAACACCGCUCGACGGUUUGAAGAGGCAACAGGAGCAGUGCCCGAUUCCAACCUACCUCUUCCUCAACAACUUGAGAUAGCCCUAGAGAAAAUAAAAGAGCACGUGAGGACCAUCAUGGACACAAAAUCAGUCUGUAGAACACUGGAAGAAAAGCUUAAAAACAAAGAAGCACUACUGAGGACAGCCGAACAAAAUGUUUUUAGUCGAGACAAGGUGAUCAAUGAGCUCCGGCUUCGAUUGCCUGCAGCAGCAGAACAUGAUAAGCUUCUGUCUGGUCUUAAUCAAAGAGAUGAAGAGUUGGAACAUCGGCAAGCUUUGAAAGUUGCUCAUCAAACCAUUGCAAGCAUGCAAGCGAGAUUGAAUCAGAAGGAAGAAGUGCUUAAAAAAUACCAGCACCUGCUAACCAAAGCACGAGAGGAACAAGAAGAUAUUGUAAAAAAGCACGCAGAAGACAUUAAACUGUUGCAUCAGAAAUUGAAUCUCUAUUCAGACUCAUCACUUAACAAGUUCAGAGAUGCUGCUCUGGAGUUAAUGAAGAAACCAUCUUUACAAGUUUCAUCAGGUACAAGCUUAAUGCGAUUGGCCGAAAUGGAACAGACUGUUACGGAACAAGACAAAUCAUUGGCUUCGCUUUCAAGCAAACUCAAGAAAGCAACAGCAGAACUGGACUGGCAGAAACAGAUCACGGUAGAGAAAGUGAAUGAACUUGAAGCCAACAAAGUCAGACUUGAAGAGCAUUAUAUUUUGGAAGUUAAGAAGAUGAAGAGCGAAUCUGAAGAGCUGAGAUCCCGUUUGUCUCAGAUGGAGAAGGAGGUUCAGUAUCUUAACACAGAACUUGAGGCUCAAAAGGAAGCAAAUACCAGAGCUCCAACUGUAACUAUGAAGAAUCUUGUAGAACGUCUGAAAAGUCAGCUGACUUUAAAGGAAAAGCAGCAAAAGGCAUUAAGCAAAGCUUUGUUAGUGCUUCGGUCCGAAAUGACUGCUCAUGCUGAACAGCAGAUUCUUGCUGCUGCCGCACAAAAGGAAGAAAACUUGAAUGUCCAGCAGAUUGUUGACCGACAUACCAAAGAUUUAAAGGCACAGGUUGAAGAUUUAAAUGAGCAACAGCUGAAACUGAAAGAGGCUCUGAAAAGUAGCAAAAAUCGUGAAAAUAGCCUCAUGGAAGACCUUGACAAUCUAAACCAUGAGCUGCGAGGAAAACAGAAAGCCCUCAACAAGCUGCAGAAGGACAAAGAUGAAGUAGAUAAGGAGAAUGAAGAGUUGAAAAAGAGGAUAAAGCGUCUGACAAACAGCUUACAGAAUAAGGCUGAUUUGGAGAGUAAACAGAAUGUAAUAGAAGAACUUCAGAAAAAAAUAAAGACACUUGAAGCAGGUCUGUCAAAGAAAACAGAAGAAGCAGAGCGAAAACCAUCCCGAGAUGAUAAGGCUGCUAAAGAAGAGAUAAUUAGGUGGGAUGAAGGCAAGAAAUGGCAAAGCAAAAUAGAAGGAAUGAGAAAUAAACUGAAAGACAAAGACAAUGAAAUAGAAUCUUUAACAAAACAGCUCACAACAUUAAAAGAUUUAUAUGCAAAAGCUGACCAUGAAAAAACGUUACUGCAGAAGAGAUUGAAAUCACGUGGCGUAACUGUGGAUCAAGUUGUGGGGGCGAGGACUUCAGAGUCAGAAAGAGAAGUGCAAGAACUACGGAAAAAGAAUUAUGAAUUGGAAAAUGACAUUUCUCUCAUGAAGACAAAGCAAGCAUUACCAAGAGAUUCAGUGGUUGAAGACUUGCAUAUGAAAAAUAGAUACCUGCAAGAAAAGGUCCAGGCAUUAGAGAAACAACUUUCAAGGGAGAACCUCUCCAGGCCAUCAACUUCAGGGAUAGGAUCGGAUGAUCUGUCCACCAAAGAGAUGGAACUUCAAAAAGAAAUCUUGAGAAUAUCAUCUGAAAAUAUUGAGCUGCAGUUCCAGCUGGAGCAGGCUAAAAAAGAUGUACCUCGAUUGAAGGACCAAAUAGAUAAUUUAAAGGAAAUGUGUGAUGCCCUCAAGAAAGAUAAGCUUGAAGUUGAGCGCAAACUGGGCAAUGUCCGUGGGUCUGGCAAGAGUGGAAAGACCAUUCCAGAACUGGAAAAGACUAUAGCUUUGAUGAAAAGAGUGGUAGAGAGAGUUCAGAGAGAGAACGAUGAGCUUAAAAAAGCCCCGGGAGUUGUGUCAAAUGAAAAACUCUCAAACCUUGAAAAGGAAAAUGAAAGGCUAAAGUCUGAAGUAGAAAAGCUCAAGCUGCAUGUGGGUGAAAAGUUAAGCAUGAGAUAUGAAGCAAAGACGAGAGGUACAGAGAAAGUAAUUGCUGAAAAUGAGAAACUUCGAAAAGAACUUAAAAUGGAGACAGAAACAUCAGAAAAGCUAAGGAUUGCUAAGAGAAGUUUGGAGGUUACGAACGAGAAGUUAAAAAUGAACCUAGAAGAAGCCAUGAGUAGACUAAAUGUGGAAGAAAACAGAGGACCAGACGGAAGAGCAUGGAAAUCAGUUGUAAGCAAGAUGUAUGAAAAUAAGAUGAAGGAACUGGAAGUCGAACUUAAAAAGAAAAAUGAGGAGAUUGGUGACCAGAAAAAACUAUUGAAAGAAGCAACUGAGCGUGAACAAAAAAACAAAAAAAGUAUACAACAGCUCAAAGAAGAGAUUGAGCUGCUGAAACAUUUUCCUGAAGAUGCCAAGACUGAGCCAGGGCUCACCAGGGAUUUUCAGAUACUCAGAUUAGCCAAUAAUCGUCUGGAGAAUGAAAAGGCAGAAUUGGUUCACCAGUUAGAAUUGUGUCGACAACAAAUUGGUUUAUCUUCUCCAGAAAUAAGUGCAUCUGGAUAUGAUGAAUCACUUGAUAGGAGAAAAAAGCCUGACAAGUUGAUGGAGGAAAUUUUUACUCUACAAACAUAUGUUAAAACAUCAGAUUUAGAGAAACAACAGUUAAAGGAAGAAAUUAGGAGGUUGAAAAUAGAAUUGGAAAAUUUUGAUCCAACCUUUUUUGAAGAAAUUGAAGAUCUGAAAUAUAACUAUAACGAGGAAGUUAAAAAAAACAUUAUUCUCGAAGAAAGAUUAAAAGCACUUGCAAAGCAGUUUGGGGUUCAUGUAGAUAUCCCAACAAACUAAUUCUAAUUGAAUGUUGAGCAUUUUAAAAAUACUUUCACCAAAAUGCAAA